GUAUAGCAACUAUGUCAACAUUUCUUUUUUUGAACCCAUCAUGCUGAUAACAUUUUACGCUAUGCGUAAUAUUCUGAAGAAUAUCAAAACUGUCAACAGCACAGAUAGAUUUAUAUUUAGUUUUGAAAGUUGAUUCUUUCCAUUUUAUCAGCCUAACAACAACUUUAAAGAUUUAUAAAAUACAUUUUCACUGAAUAUUGACCUCCUUAAAGUUUGCUCAGAGUUAGUCGACAACAUUUCGUAUUUUCACAGUGCCUAGCUUGAUUAGGUACACUUUUAUUUAUUAAACAAUGGGAUCUGCGAAACAACAAACUGCAAUGACCCGGGUGAUGCACAUAUUGCAGGAAUGGGACAAAGGGUCGAAAGUUGUGAGACAGAAAAUCCUGCAAGACUUUAUUUCACAAAAUCAAAAUAAGACUGGACCAGAAUUGGAGCAGGAAUUUGCGCAUGCAGCCAGCUUGUUUCUCACCAGACUGACUGCUUGGCUUCGAUUAACAUACAUGAUUGGUACAUCCCUGAAUGAACAGCUCAGAGCCAUCUCAAUAUUUUUAUCUGCUGCCAGUGGACAUAAAUUCAUGGUUGAGUUUUUGGAAGUAGGAGGUGUUCUAACUCUACUAGAGAUUAUUGGGUUGAAACAAGCCCAGGAGAAAAACAAGACUGUAGCACUGUCGUGUCUUCACCACAUCGCAAAUGCAGGCUGCAAAUACAAAGAACUUAUAUGUGAAAGUUAUGGAAUACGAGCAGUAGCAGAAUGCCUAGCUAAGUCAAAAUCUGAGGAGACACAAGAUGCCUGUCGUAAUCUGCUGCUGAUGCUGGCUCAAGGCAACCCCAAGUUUGAGAUGCAAGUUUACAAAGGUCUAAUUGCCCUGCUUCCCUGCAGUUCUCCAAAAGCUCAACAGAUGGCAGCACAUGCUCUCAGAAUAGUGCAGCCAAUUGUCAAACAGGCCAACGUCAACCUCAUUGACCCACUGCUAAAUCUGUUGAAGACAUUACAUCUUGAAGUACAGUUUGAAGCAAUAGAGCUGAUAAAGGAAUUAAUGAACUAUGAUGUCAGAGAACUUCUUCUGAAGGGUCUAGUCACUCUGCUGCGUCCAUCCAAAGAAGACACUAUUUCCAGACCAGAAAUCCUUGAUGAUCCAAAUGUAACCACAAUUAAUGCUCCACUCCCAGUAUUUGUGCAGCAGGCUGCAGCUGCAAAAACAAUUGGAAUUCUGGCACGUGAGUCCACUGAGCUUGCUGAAAUGUUAAUUCAGGCUCGAGUCGUCCACAAUCUGCUUUAUGCCAUGGGCAAUCAAGACUAUGCUGAUAGUCAAAGGCAAGCAAGUAUUACCUUGGAGUAUUUUUGCAGUACGUUCCCAAUGGUAGAUGAUCACGUUCGAGUUGCCAUGGGAGAAACAUUAUAUGAUCUGUUUAUGUCCUGUCCAGAUUCUUUGUACGUGCACAUGAACCAUAUUCAAGCAGAUGUCCUCGUCUCGAACAAAGUGAACAUUCCAAACUGUACUCGGGUUAACUGUUGAUCCACACCAUCUGUCCUAUCAGCAGUGAUUGAGGUUAUCAACUGAUUGAAGAACUACUAGACAUCAGAAAGAUCUUCCGGUGGAAGGGAUGUUUGACAUCAUUUAAGACAAGAAAUCAUUUAGAAAAUAUAUUAACAGUCCAAAAAAUAUUUAAAAGUUCAGUUAAUUGUGAAAAAUGUGUUAUCAUUGCUACUUAAAUGGACUUAUUUGACUUGAGUUAAAUACUGAAUAUAAGGUAUUAACAACAAUUUAAAAAAUACACAAAUUUGUAGGCGUAGGUCUAUUUUAAACGCAUUCACUCAGUACAGUACAGUGGAGUGAAACAGACAUGAAACAUGACAGGGAUGUACAUUUUGUGCUCAAAGUGGGAAUACCACAUUUUACGAAGUUGUAUUCUUACUGGUAUUUAAAAAAUCUGUGUGUGAAUUCGCAAACUGUUUAGUGAUAAAGAAUAUCAGUUUGUUUUUGUUAUUCUGUGGUGACAAAUAAAUUGAUGUACAUUCGUAA